AUGCGUCUUUUUUUCUCACCCUUCUCCGCUGCAAUGCUUCAUCUCUUAACACCAGCAGGUCCAGCAAAUCCAUUUAAAUCGACAAAUCAGACCGCACUCAAAAAUAUGCUGACUGGAUUCGUCGAGCCAGAACACGUCAACCACUUCCAAUUCGAGCAGCAAAUCCGAUCAUUCGAUACACUGGGAUAUGCGCGCGACCCAUCGGCAACUCAGUCGAAUCGGUUCAUUGGCGACACAAAAAAGGCUGAGGAAACACAGGGUGCAAGCCUGUUUGAGGGACAGAAAACAGGCGGAGAAAAGAGAAAGAGGAAACGAAACAUGGAUCCCAGUGAUGUCGAUGGAUAUACCGGACCUUGGGCACGUUUUGAGGACGAGGUGGAAGUGUCUCGGCCGGAUCCUGAAUUAGCGAAGGAACUCGAAGAGAUCGUGAAAAAACGCCAGAAGAAUAGUCGAGCUGGCCGCAAAGCGGCGGCACAACUGCAGGAUGUCAUCGCGGACGAAUCUUCAACGCUACACCUGAAAGAAGCGGAAGAUUACAUGGGACGAUCGUUCAUGCACGCGCCGCAGUAUAUUGGCGUGAACUUACGUGAAGACCACGUACCAGAGCGGUGUUUCAUACCGAAGAAACACAUGCACUCUUAUCGUGGACACAAUAAGGGCAUAAACUGUCUACGAUGGUUCCCAAGAAGCGCGCAUUUGUUCCUCAGUGCUGCGAUGGAUAACAAGAUCAAAUUAUGGGAAGUUUAUGGGAAGCGAAAUGUGGUGAGGACUUAUGCCGGUCAUAAAAUGUCCGUUAAAGAUGUUUGCUUCAACAAUGAUGGCACGGAAUUCUUGUCGGCAUCUUUCGACAGAUACAUAAAGUUAUGGGAUACCGAAACAGCACUAAAAACGUACAGAAAAUGGGCAUCUGUUUUUUGGUCUCAGGAGUUAAGGGAAAUUCCUGUCGACACGAAACUUAUCCAGAAUGCUGGUUUACAUUCGAUCCCAACUAUGACCAAGUCUCCAACAGAAAAGUGGAUAGUAGGCCAGUCGAUGGAUAAUCGCAUCGUUUUAUUCCAAUUGAUUGACGACAAAUUGCGUUUUGCGAAGAAAAAAGCAUUCAAGGGACACAAUGUUGCGGGCUAUGCCUGUUCUGUGGAUUUCUCGCCCGAUAUGAGCUUCCUGACAUCUGGAGAUGCGGAUGGCAAGGUGUUCAUUUGGGAUUGGCGGAACCAUAAAACGGUAGCACGAUGGAAAGCGCACGAUGACUGUGUCAUUGCGACAUUGUGGCAUCCACACGAAGCAUCCAGAAUGAUAACUGGAAGCUGGGACAGUGUUAUCAAAAUGUGGUCAUAA